AUCUAUCACUCAGCAUGAGUCCUGCGACCAAAGUCAGCACAGUGCUCAUCGUGACCCUGUCUUUUCUCUGUUUGGCAGAGGGUCUGAUCUGUAAUGUCUGUGACAAUGCAAAAGAAUCAAUAUGUAAAAGGGGCCGAGGCAGAUGCUUUGCACACCCUGGUCAGUCAUGUGCUACCAUAUCACAUUUUUUGGGAACAAAACAUGAGUUCUCCAAGCAUCUGUGCAUGUCUGACUGCUCGGAAAGGGAUCUCCGUCAGAAUGGGAAACUGACUUACUUGAUGUGCUGUGACAAAAACUUGUGUAACAGUUUCUAGGUGGAGAAGAGUCUCUUGAAGAAGAUCAUCUUCUGUACAAGAUCCAAAAAUAUGAGGAAUGUGUUUUCCUACACUGUUUCUAUACUGGCCAGAGAUCCCUGAGAUAGCAACAGGAGCUGUGUCUUCAUUUCAUUGAAGGGCUCCUUGAUUGUACCAUUAGACCCUUAAAUUCAUGACCAUUGCAAAAUGAUCCUGUACCUACCAUGUUAUUUUACUUAUCCAGCUUGCAGUCUCUAGCCCUGCAAUAGUCUCCCAAAGGUUUUAAUUUUAUUAUCUGGAAUCUGUGAAUGCUGCUGUAGAUGGCAAAAGAGGCAUAGAAAAUGUGGGUAAGGAUUUUAUUAAUGGAAGGUUAUUUUUUGUCAGGGUGGGUCCUAAUUGCAAGUACAAAUGUCCUUCUAAGAUGAGGGGUGAAUUGACUCUAGAAGAGGAAAUUAUUGUAUGGUUGUGGAAGCAGUAACUGGAGUGAUGUCCCUUGAAGAUGGAACAAAGAUUCGGAAGCUGAGAAGGACAAUGAAAUUAAUUUUCCUCAGUGCAAUGCUGCUACUUGAUUUUAUCCCCAGAUGAUUUAUUUGUGACUCCAGAGUUCUACAAAUUGAAUAAAUAUGUGUUGUUUUAAGCA